AUGGAGUGGUGUGUGUCGAUGCCGAAGAUUGAAUUACAUGCUCAUCUCAAUGGCUCCAUAAGAGAUUCUACUCUACUAGAACUUGCCCGAGAAUUGGGGGAGAAAGGCGCCAUAGUUUUCUCAGAGGUAGAACAUGUUAUACGCAAAGAGGAUCGUGCGCUCAGUGACGUCUUCAAAAUGUUUGAUUUAAUUCAUAUUAUUACCACAGACCACAAAACUGUUACGAGGAUCAGCAAGGAGGUUAUUGAAGACUUUGCUGCUGAUAAUGUUGUUUACUUGGAGUUAAGAACAACUCCGAAGAGAAAUGAUUCUAAAGGGAUGAGCAAGCGCUCAUACAUCCAAGCAGUUUUAGAUGGCAUACAAUCUGUAGAUACGGUUGAUGUGGACCUUUUCGAUAGGCCCAACUCAGAUAUUUCUGUUAAUUCUCAUCUUGGGAAUGAUUUAAGCAAUGGAACUGGAACUGGAACUGGAACUGGAAGAAAGAAAAUAUUUGUGAGGCUACUUCUCAGCAUUGACCGUCGUGAGACAGCUGAAGCUGCAAUGGAAACUGUAAACCUUGCUCUAGAAAUGAGAAACCGGGGAGUUGUGGGCAUAGAUCUUUCAGGAAAUCCUCUUGUUGGUGAAUGGCCGACUUUUUCGCCAGUUUUGGAGUUUGCUAAAAAUCAAGGACUUCCAGUAACUCUCCACUGUGGCGAGGUCCCCAAUCCAGAUGAAAUUCACUCAAUGUUAGUUUUUCUUCCGAGGAGAAUUGGACAUGCUUGUUGCUUUGAAGAUGAUCAUUGGGAACUUUUGAAAAGGCUCCAGAUCCCGGUCGAAAUUUGUUUGACAUCCAAUAUUAGAACAGAAACCAUUGCUUCUGCAGAUGUUCAUCAUUUUGCUGAUUUGUACACGGCAAACCACCCAUUAAUUUUGUGCACGGAUGAUGCUGGGGUUUUCUCGACCAGUCUAUCCUCUGAGUACGCACUUGCGUCGUCUGCAUUUGGUCUUGGAAAGAGGGAAAUGUUUCAGCUUGCACAGCAAGGCAUCAACUUCAUUUUUGCAUGUGAUGAAGUGAAAGAUGAACUGAAGACGAUAUUUUCUGGUCAUGGGGAACACGAAUAG